AUGGGGUACAUACGGCAGGACCAGCUGCCCGGGCUGAAGAAGUACAAAUACUCCGGCGUCGACCACAGCCUCGUCUCGCGCUACCUCCUCAAACCCUACUGGUGGUCGCGCGUCAUCCACCUCUUCCCCCUCUCCAUGGCGCCCAACGCCAUCACGCUCUCCGGCUUCGCCUUCGUCAUCCUCAAUAUCCUCUCCAUGCUCUACUACACCCCCAACCUCGACACCGACUGCCCGGCGUGGGUGUACGCCUCGUGGUCCAUAGGUCUCUUCUUGUACCAGACUUUCGACGCGAUUGAUGGGUCUCAGGCGCGAAGGACGGGGCAGUCGGGUCCGCUGGGAGAGUUGUUUGAUCACGGUGUUGAUGCGCUGAAUACGAGUUUGGAGGUGCUGCUUUUCUCCGCUGCGAUGACUAUGGGCCAGUCGUGGCGCACGGUGCUGGUGCUCUUUGCUAGUUUGCUUACGUUUUACGUGCAGACUUGGGAUGAGUACCAUACCAAGACGCUUACGCUCGGGCUGGUUUCGGGGCCGGUGGAGGGCAUUCUGACGCUUUGUGUUGUCUAUGCUAUCACGGCUGUCAAGGGUGGGGGCUGGUAUUGGCAUCAGCCUAUGCUGGAAACGAUUGGGGUUUCGCGGAAAGGGCCUUUGGGGAAUGUGUUGCCCAAGAUGGCUUGGGAGGCGGAUUUCAUUGAUUUCUACAUGCUUUAUGGAGGGCUGGUGCUGGUGUUCAACACCAUUGAAAGCGCACGCAACGUGAUGAAGAAGCGGCGAGAACGCGGCGAACAAGCGCGCAUCGCCCUCGCCGGCCUCCUCCCCUUCUUCGCCUCCUGGGCCCUCAUCGCCGCCUACCUCGCCCUGCAGCCCAACAUCCUGCACCACCACCUGGUCCCCUUCGUCUUCUACGUCGGGCUCAUCAACGCCUACAGCGUCGGGCAGAUCAUCACCGCGCACCUUGUCGUCAUGCCCUUCCCCUACCAGAAUGUGCUCUCGCUGCCCCUCAUCUACGGCGUGCUGGACUCGCUUGGUCCUGUUCUGCAGAAGCACAUUGGCGUUGGAUGGCCGAGUGCGCUCGGCGACGGCGUGUAUCAGGUUGCGUUUGUAUUUACGUGUUUGGGGUUUGCGGUGGGGGUGUAUGGGAGUUUUGUCGUGGAUGUCAUUGUGACUAUUUGCGAUUAUUUGGAUAUUUGGUGCUUGACUAUCAAGCAUCCGCAGACGGACAAGGAGGCGAAGAAGGCAAGGUAG